CACUAGCUUCACGCGAGAACUUUGACCAUAUUUUCCGGCGCUGCAUUGCUAGCCGCUCAUUUCCAGCUCCAUAAGAAGGCUCUGAGAGUUGCUGUUUUAUUUGGUGAUCCUCAAACUUGGAUGAACAGCUGUGUCAGGUAGUGACCGACUAGCUCUGUGCAUCAUGAGUACUGCUACUACUACAGCCAGGAAACAAACUCCUAGUGAUUUCUUAAAGCAAAUCAUCGGCAAACCAGUUGUUGUCAAACUAAAUUCAGGUGUAGAUUACAGAGGAGUUCUUGCCUGCUUGGAUGGAUACAUGAACAUCGCCUUGGAGCAGACAGAAGAGUAUGUCAACGGUCAGCUCAAGAACAAAUAUGGUGACGCUUUCAUCAGGGGAAAUAAUGUUUUAUACAUCAGCAUGCAAAAGAGGUUCUGACGACACACCAUGGAACGCUCCACGCUUAUCUUAGCAUUGUAAAUAUUUUCUUAGAACUGUGCCGUGAGAGGUCGAUAUGUCAGGAAAGGCCCAAAGUCUCAAGAACUGCAAGAAGCAGGAUGGAAGAGUUGACAAGCUACUGGACUGAAGAACUGUUGAGGAUGAGCCUUAGAACAACAGUAUCAGCAGUGGUUUCCAAUGAAAAUAAGUGACAGUGGAAGACCUAUUAUGUGGUGACUUAAAGAUGCUCAUCGUUAUAUCAGGGCCUCAUGACACAAAAUUUUACAUCCAAUUGCAAACUACAGGUACAAACAAUUUUGACUGGGCUACAGUGGGUAUGUUGAACAAUAUACGCAUGCUCCAGUGAACUUGAUUGGUCUCUGUCAUUUUGCAAUCGAUUGCAUACUUUUGUGUUACAGGGCUAUGGAGAUGUUGCUGAAAGAGUUGCGUUUGGCUUGAAGUUGUACUAAAAAUCAGUGGGGCAUGGGCUUUCAAGGGGAGUCUGACACUAUUUGGAUAUAAAUCUCACAUGGUAGAACCGUGGUGGAUCAACUUUUGACUUGCAGAAGUUACGUAUUGCCUUUGGAAAUAAAUGGUUAAGUCUUUAUCUCACUUUCCCUGGCCCGACACAGUUGCCUGAUGCUAAUGAGGCAUGGUCGAAGCUUUCUCGCUGGUACACUGAGUUUGCUUUCCCCACAAGAUGUCUCUGUUACAGGUUUUCCCAAUGCUUUUUCCAAAGUGUGGGAUCAGCAAAUAAAAAUCCAUUGACUGUGAAAGCAAAUGCCCCAAUGACUUUAAAAUUUCUUUUGAUAUUCAGUACAUCACUGCUUUUACAGUAACAUGCUCUACUGUGUAGUCAUUAAUGCAUUAGAUUCUUCAUAUUGUGCUUGAUAUUAAGUCACUCCUAACUCUCAUUUUAAUACCUCUGGGGCCCGUCUUACAAAGAGUUGCUUUUGAUCCGAUCAAUCUGAAUUAUAUGGAAAUUCAUCAAUGUCAUAAUUUUUUCUUAUGGAAAUUUGCUCAAUGUCCUUUUAAAAAAAAGAGAAGCAUACUGAAUUGUCAAGAAAACAGUGAAUGAAUGAAUAUACGUCAUUUUUAGAAAAUAUUUUGAACAAACAGGAUUGUAUAUUAGAUGUUGACGUUGCUGGCUUUCCAUAGUUGCAAGUGAUCGGAUCAAUCACAUCUUUUUGUAAGACGGGGGCCCCAGUGAGAGUUAUAUUUUCAUUGAAGCCCAUGGGGGGCCAUUUCACAAAGCUGUUUGUAUGUUAACCACAACCUUAUGAAUGACCGGUGAUCCUUUCUUGUGCUAAAUUUUCCCCGGUUUAACGUUAUUUGAUAAUUUGAGUGCAUUUCCAUUUACCCUCAUCAAGCUUUGAAUAUUGAAAUUUUCAUUCAGAAGCUUUUUAGAAUGAGAACUUAUUUCUAUAAAGAGUGGAUUUAAGAUGCAGUAAACACUGAUUUCAUAAGAAAAUCUGUACAAUUGUAAGAUUGUCACUUAUCACCAUGGAUCUGGACAUGGAACAGUUUCAUUUAAUUGAACUUUUUGAAAUCAUUAAAUCUAUAUGCGAAAUAACUAUCACACUGUAGAUCGCCAACACAGAAUCCACAUGUGGGACAAUGUAUUGUUAUUAUUGCUUGGAAGAAUACCCAACAUUUUGCUUGAAUCUCCCGCUUGCUUUGCUACUCUCUCAGCACAUGUGGGGGCAGUGUAUAUUAUUGUUACUUGUAAGAAUUCCCAACAUUUGCUUGAAUCCUGUGCUUAUUUUGCUAAUUUCUCAGCAAUGACAGAGUUUCUUCUAGAAUCCUCUGCCCUUUGCAAUUUAUGCAAACAGACAUUAGGGUGGUCUUUUAAUUGCAUUCUGUACUAAUUCCUUUUUAAAUUCUUACCACAACUGGCAUCAUUUUUAAACCGUGAACCAACAUGACAGAGAUUCUGAUAGCCCCCAAGGAAAGGGUCACCAUUAGAGCAUAAAGUCAUUCGUAACUUAUAUUAAACAGCUGCAUGAAACACCCCUGGGAAACACCACCCCAGUUUAGGUCAACAGUGCUCAACAGAAAUUCACAGAGGGCCCGUCUUACAAAGAGUUACGACUGAUUGGAUCAAUCGUAACUCUGGAAAUCCAUCAGUGUCACAAACUUUUCUACAGGAAAUUUGCACGGUGAAUUUUUAAGAAAACAAUUAAUGCAUGAAUAUACAUCAUAGCUAGAAAAUAUUUUGAACAAACAUGUUGACGUUGCUGGCCAUCCAUACUUGCAAUUGAGCGGGUCAAUCGCAACUAUUUGUAAGAUGGGGCCCUGUUUUGUAUACAUGUACAGUGAACAAAAAAUCUAUGCUCUGUAAUGAAAUUAAUCUUAUGAUUGGUUUUAUUCAUAUGAAUAAAGGUUUUUUGCUAAUUGAUUACUAAAGAUUUUCAAUCAGUUGCUUGAUUGAUUUUAAUUUUUUUAUGUAACAGGUCCCUGAUGUAUCAUGUUCCGAAUUAUUAAUGUCCUUGGAUAUUUUUUUUUUGGGGGGAGGGGGUGUUUCAAUUUGAGUGAAGUUUGAUUAAGUCAUUGUUAAGUUCCAACAUGCACAUGUAACAGUUAACAUGCAUUCUCAUUGAUUAAUAUCCAGUAUUCAUAGCAAGUCGAAUGGGGAUGAUCUUUCCAGUUCAGUGAUGGGUUAUAUUGUGAUUGUAUACCAUACGUAACUAGGUAUUAAGGUGUGAUUUGAAGUCGCACUUAAAUCUUUCAGUUUCAGUUUACAGUACCUCCCGUAGGAACUCGACAGGACAGCGUUUUGCUGGUAAACGCCAAGCUGGUAUAUAACCAUUUACCUAAAGGAAACAUUUUACGUCUAAGUUGAUCAGUCAUUGUGGCUGACCUUAUAGACGACAGAUAUUACUCUCGGGUCAAAGUGGAGACAAUGGCAGAGUAGGGAUUUGAACUCACAACCUUGCGAUUAUGAGUCCAAUGCUCUAACCACAUCUCUGUUUAAACACCCCCUGGUAUUUAUUGGUGAGCAUCAAAAAAUGAAUGAAGUUGUGAUUUAAGUAUUGAAAUAAAUGUAUCCUGGUAUUUGACAAAAAAAGAAAGGUCUUCACUUGUACAAUGUAUAUGCCCGACAUUUCCCACUGCAAGUAUUCUUUAUGUGCCUGUCUUGGAAUGGGAGGGGGCAUGGGCCCUCAUCACAUUCAGGGCAGAAUGAGUGUAAUGCGCCACAGUUGCAACAAAUUCUUUGACUGCCGAUGAUUUCAUGUUUAUCUUGCUCUGACAAAAUAAAUCGAUUUUAAAACCGCACAAAAAUGUGGACUUCGAAAUGGGUCGUUGUGAGAAAACUUACAUUCAAUUGCAUAUCAAGCGCAAUUGCAUUUCAAGUAAAUAAGCCUGUACAUGGUUAGCUCAUGGUCAACUUUUCUCAAAUGACCUAUGCAAUUUUUCAUUAGGAUGAGCACUAACAUUUUCAAAUGAAGAUGUUGCGUAAAGCUUUCCUGGCAAAGCAUUCAAAUUCUAAGAACGAAAGCCAUUCUGGGGCCCGUAACCCAAAACUCAGCAAUGGUCGUAGAACAUUUUUCUACGAUUGAUUCCAUUGACUACAAUGUGCAAUCAAUCGUAGAAAUCAGCGUACGAUCAAUUGCUAAUCUUUGUGUUAUGGGACCCUGGUGACAUAGUAAGGUUUGGAAAUCAGUUUUAUUGUCUGCUUUUGGCACAUGUGACUAUUGUUUGGGCUACUGUCAAAUACCAGUGAAUAUUAAGGCUUUGUUACUCUUCAGCUUGGAUGUGAUGGAAAGAAUAUUUUUCUAAAGUAUUACAUAAGUAAUCAUCAAAUCACAAAUGUAUGCAUGUGAGUGAAUUUGAAAACCACCUUCAUGGUUUAU